CUAUUGACUGACUUGAAGUCUCUCAAUCUAGACAUCUCUAGUACUUGGAGCCCCAACAAAAAAAAAAUGAAAAAAAAGAAAUUGAACCGGAACUAACCGAUUGGUGAAAUUGGAUCAAACCGUCUCGAACCAAUAACCCUAAAAUGACAAAGCGGAACCCUGGUUCUCUGGGAUACCAUAUCGGAGCUCCAGCAACGUUUGCUCUCAUCGAUUUUGCCCGGAAGCUCUAUGGUUCAGACAAGACCUUGUUUUCUCGGUGAUUACCAAAUGUAAUGAUGAGAUCUUUGUGUUUUACAAAAGUAAUUCUUUAAUCAUAUCAAGCAAAGAUAAAAGGGCAAAGGUGUAAACUUUGCUUCUCUCCUCCAAAGUCCACGCGAUUCUCACUCCAGCAAAUUCCAGACUUUCUCGCAUUUCCCCUCGCAGCAACCGUCAAUUCUAAAGGGGUCUUAGUUAAUCUUGUGAAGAAUCAAUGACAGAGAUAUUUAGUGACACCGGAUUCAGGCAGUUAACUCAAAUGUUCCUGGCCAUAAUCUUCUUCCAUACAUCGGAAUACAUUCUCGCCAUAGCCAUUCAUGGGAGGUCCAGAGUCACUUUAAGCUCACUUUUGAUCAGCAAACACUAUGCAUUAGCAAUGGUAAUCUCAGUUCUCGAGUACCUAGCGGAGAUAGUAUUCUUCCCGGGACUGAAACAACACUGGUGGAUCAGCAAUUUCGGUCUCAUAAUGAUCCUAUUCGGAGAAAUCAUCCGCAAAACCGCUAUAAUCACAGCAGGUAGAUCGUUCACACACCUUAUAAAGAUUCGCAAGGAGGAGCAUCAUAGGCUUGUGACAGGAGGAGUGUAUCAAAUCAUGAGGCAUCCAAGUUACUCCGGGUUUCUUGUUUGGUCAGUCGGAACACAAGUGAUGCUGUGUAAUCCCGUUUCAGCGAUUGCGUUUGCAGUUGUGGUGUGGCGGUUCUUUGCAGAGAGAAUACCUUAUGAGGAGCAUUACUUGAAGCAGUUUUUUGGGAGACAGUAUGUGGAGUAUGCGCAGAGAGUGCCUUCUGGUGUUCCCUUUGUAAAAUGAACCGUAGAAAUCAAUUAUGAGCAUAUAUGAGAAUGGUCUUAUUACUUUGUUUACAGAGAAAAUUAUGAAAGACACGUUACUCAUGUAUUAGAUAAAUGUUCUUGUCAAUGGUGAUUAUUUGGUCUA